AUGAAGCAUGAGGAAAUCCGAAAGGGACCAUGGACGGAGCAAGAGGACAUGAUUCUGAUCAACUUCGUGCACUUAUUUGGAGAUCGGCGAUGGGAUUUUAUCACCAAAGUUUCAGGUUUGAACCGAACCGGGAAGAGUUGCCGGUUACGUUGGGUUAAUUACCUUCACCCUGGUCUCAAAAGAGGCAAGAUGACACCCCAAGAAGAGCGCCUUGUCCUUGAACUUCAUGCCAUAUGGGGAAACAGGUGGUCGAGAAUUGCUCGGAAAUUACCGGGCCGAACCGACAACGAGAUCAAGAACUAUUGGAGAACCCACAUGAGAAAAAAGGCUCAAGAAAAGAAAAAGGCCAUGUCACCAUCAUCUUCAUCUUCUUCGAACGGUCAUUCGUCAUCGUCGUCAAGCACCGGAAAGGUAAGUUUCUACGACACCGGAGGGCCAGACAUGGCAGACUUGGAAGGGGAGAAAAGUCGGGAAUUAGAAGACGAAAAGGGGUAUUCCAUGGAUGACAUAUGGAAGGAUAUUGAUAUGUAUGAAGAAAAUAUGAUAAAACCAUCGAGUGAUAACUGUAACGACUAUUGCUUGGAUUCACUGUGGAAGAUGGAUGACGAAGAGAGUAAGAUGUUUCCAUAUUUAACCGGCUAGUUAGAAUUCAUUUAUUUAUUCAUAGUAUGUAACACUACUUGUCUCCUGGGGAAACUCUUUAACAUCUGGGUGUUUUCAUAUCUCAUCUUGCUGCAUAUCACUGUAAUCAUCUCAUGCUCUA